AAUAUACAGUCACAUUACAGGGUGCUCCACUGACUCCUGAUCAGCAGCAGGAUGCUUGUUGAUUUCGCCCCUUUAAGGAUCCCAUUACGUCGCCGCUUGCAGACCCUUGUAGUUCUUCAGUGGGUGUUCUCCUUUCUUGCUCUGGCACAGUGCUGUCUUGUGCUCUUUGUUGCCCUCCUCUUCACUCGCUUCUGGUUUGUGUCAGUGCUCUACGCAACCUGGUGGUUCUGGGACCGAAACACGCCUUACCAGGGAGGUCGUCGCUUCCGCUACGUCCGCAGCCUGGGAUUAUGGGGCCACUUUCGGGACUACUUUCCCAUUCACCUGAUCAAGACCACAGACCUGGAUCCAAAGAAGAAUUACAUCUUUGGUUUCCACCCACAUGGUGUGCUGGUGGCAGGAGCCUUUGGUAACUUCUGUACUGAGUUGACCGGGUUUCAGACCCUGUACCCCGGGCUGAAGCCCCACAUGUUGAUGCUGCCUCUUUGGUUUAGGAUCCCUUUCUUCAGGGACUACCUCAUGAGUGGCGGUUUGGUACCGUCUGAUAAGGAGAGUGCAAAGUAUUUACUGAGGAGGAAAGAGGGUGGUAAUGUGGCGGUUAUAGCCAUUGGAGGAGCUCCAGAAGCCUUAGAUGCCCGGCCAGGGGCAUUUACACUGCAGCUGAAGAACAGGAAAGGCUUCAUCAAACUUGCUCUGCAGUUUGGGGCUCCUCUCGUUCCCGUGUUCUCCUUCGGAGAGAAUGAAGUGUUUAAUCAGGUGAGGAAUCCCAAGGGAUCAUUCCUAAGGAGACUCCAGGACAGACUGCAGAAGCUGAUGGGAAUUUCGCUGCCCCUUUUCCAUGCCCGAGGCAUCUUCCAGUACAGCUUUGGAUUUAUGCCGUUCCGGAAGCCCAUUCACACUGUGGUUGGCAAACCAAUAGAGAUGGAGAAAAGGGAAAGCCCAACACAGGAGGAAAUUGAUGAACUCCACCAGAGAUACACUGAGGAACUCUCCAAACUCUUUGAGGAGCAUAAGACACAAUACAAAGUGCCUGAAGACAGACACCUAACUUUUACCUGAGUUCAAUUACUUCUUCUCUCUCUUUCUCUGUUAUUCUCUAUAUCUCUCACUCUUUCUUGCUCGCUUGCUCUCGCACAUACUCCUCUCUCUCUCUGUCACCCUGUCUGCUCCCCUCUUGCUUUCUUCUAGUUCAUCACUCUUUCUUGGUCUCUCCCACUCUCCACUCUUCCCCCUCUCUCUUUCUUCCAUUUCAACUCUCCCUCCCCGUCCCUCUUUCUCUCUCUUUCGCCCUCCCUUCCCUUCCCCUUCUCUCUGUCUCACACACACACACACACACAC